AUGGAACCUGCCAAUGCCUCAAGGCUUCCUGACGAAUCGGCACUCCGUGAACUGCCUCAACUCUCUCUUCGGAUCGCGCCUCUCCGAGAACCGGUUUCCUCCCGGACCUUGAGAGUCCCCUCGCCACUCGAACCCAAUGCCAGCGGUGCGAGGGAUACAAAUAAUAUACCAAAGGCCAACAGCAAUGCCGCCAAGGCAGCAAACUCACAAGCCGGUCUUCCAACAGUAACAGAGUUCCUCAAUGCGGCGCGGACGAAGCCACCCGAUCCCCCGACAGACUUGUCGAACGUGGAGCGACCACCGAGGCCGAUUCUCCCGGCCUUUGUCAACCUACGGGCAUUAGAAAAAUUCCCGUUUUCCACGUCAUUUGAUGAUGGAGCCCCUCAGGGGACCCGCAAGCGCCGACGCUUAGAUCAUCAGGCGGAUUCCUUCAGCGAGCAUCUACAACUGCCCAUCCCGCAGGCCCAAAAGGAGCAAAGGCCUCCGCCAUUUGGCCCAUUUGCCAUUCUUAAUGGAUUGAAUGAGCCCCCGCCUAACGCUGCAUUCCUCCCGCCCAUUGAGGUUGGGUCUAACAUAUCCCAGCUUCUUACCAAACCAUCGGGAGGUGAUGCAGAUCUCGAUGCGGGGGCAUCGACUUCCGUCCAGGGUACACCGGCAGAUGGCCAGCCCGUCGAACGACGUGGUGCACGGAUCGAAGAGAUACUUCGCACAUCUCUCAAUGUUGAUGAAGACGAUGCUCGUAAUGAUAAUUUUGAAACUAUUCAAAGCACUAACACACCCGAACCUGAUAGCAUUACUCUAUCGGCGCCUGAAGCAGGUCCACCCCAAGUCCACAAUCCCGAGCCUACCGCGCAUAAGGAAGACACACCCAUAUCGCCGAAAAGCCGGGGCCGGUCCCGUAAGAAUCUGAGAAGAUGGACCGAUGAAGAAACUACCACUUUGCUUCGGGGCGUGGUCAAAUGUGGGAUUGGAAAUUGGACUGCUAUUCUGGCACAGCCAGAGCUGGAGUUCAACCAAAGAACUGCAUCUAACCUCAAAGAUAGGUAUGUGUCAUGUUCCUGGAUCAACGUCGGGUUUCCUGCUAAAUUGCCUGGUGCUAGGUUUCGAGUACUCUGUCCAUGGGCGUACCGUGCAUCUGAUCCCAACGAAGCCGCAAGAAAGCUACACGAAACCCUCACUAACGCCCUACUCAAGGCCAAAGCAGGAGGCUCGGAUGAUUCCCCCACUUUGCAAAUCCCCCAGCUUGUGCGCACCGAAUCGGGAGGAUCCGACUCGACUGCUGCGUCAGGAAGCCCAUCAGUCUUUUCACGCCACUCUUCGACCCCAAGUACCCUCGCAUCCACGCCUGAUACGGAGCCUGGAAAUGCCAUUUCACCCUCCCCAGGACAAAGCACACCCGCUCUACCAAGCCAAUCCCGUUCAACGCUGGAAUCUCUCGGCAUUCCCCAACCCCAUGUCGCACAAACCAAACGCCGCUCAAGGCGCCCCUUCACAACCACAGAAGACGAAGCCCUUCUCAAGGGAUACGCCGUCCACGGCUUCCAAUGGACAUUGAUUCAACAGGACCCAAGACUGAACCUCAGUCACCGGAAAGCAACUGAUCUGCGUGACAGGUUCAGGACGAAGUUCCCACAUGCAUAUCGUGAUGGCGGUUCCGUGAGCGGCAAAAAGAUGGCUACCCAGGUUCCGAACCAACCGGACUCGGCGGGCGCGUCCACGCCUCGUCCGAAUGGUCCCAGUGUCGGAGAACUCUCCCAUAGUAAGGGUCGUGCGACCCAACCUUUUGUUGACACUCGCCAUUCGAGGGAGGGUCACGCUGCCACCUCUUCUCACUCCAAUCCUGCCCAAAUUGAUCCGGCUUUUCUCCCUCCGCCCCCUCAGGGCUUGCUGGACAACCCUAUACCUCUUCCUGCCGCGGGUGGGCUUUCUUUCUCUUUGGAAGAAGGCUCUGGCCCUGCUUCUUCGACUGUUGAGGCACCGUGGGAAGACAAUACACUUGCUCCGAUGAUUUGGGACGAAUUGGCCCAAUGA